AUGAACCCGCACUACCACGGGUACGCGGAGCUCAGCUCGCCACACCCGCCCUCGCCGGAGGCCGCAUUUGCAGCCAACGGACACGAUUAUCCCCACAACAACAACAAUCCGGCUUUAAAAGAAUGUGCGGGCUGCGGGGGUAAAAUAGUAGAAAGGUUCUUACUUCACGCGCUCGACAGAUAUUGGCAUCACGGAUGUCUAAAAUGUACAUGUUGUGGCCAAGCUCUUGCGGAUAUGGGCCGUUCGUUUUACUUCAAAGGAGGAAUGAUAUUGUGCAAAAACGAUUAUACAAGAAUGUUCGGCUCAAGCGGCGCGUGCGCGGCGUGCGGGCAGGCGAUACCAGCGAGCGAGUUCGUGAUGAGGACGAACGCCCCACAGCAACCCCUACACGUCUUCCACAUAAAGUGCUUCGCCUGCUCAAAGUGCGGCUCACACCUCAUGCAAGGAGAUAGGUACUACAUGCUUGCGGGGUCACUAGUCUGUGAACAGGACUGGCAGAAGCUGAUGAAGAACGCAAACGCGGCGACCCCCGGCGCGCCCGUGCGCAAGGGCAAGGUGGGCCGCCCGCGUCGCUCACGCGAAUGAGCGUUGCCCG